CAAGGGUUUCGGGAGCGGAGAAUGGAGGCGCCCGAGCGCGGCUACAGCGAUGGUGGCUACGAUCGCCGGGGCAGCGGCGCCCGCCCGGAGAGGUACGAUAACAGUUCAUUCUCUUCUCAGGGAGGAGGAGGAGGAGGAGGAGGAGGAGGGGGGGCGCCGGGCUAUGGUGGGAGCUUCCAAAGCAGUGGCUAUGGCGGGGGUUUUAGCAAUCGAAACGAAGGAAGAGGUGGAUUUGAUCAAAAGGGGGGAUUUGAGCAGGGAAGGCAGUACGAGCAGCAGGGAAGGGGUGGAGGAUUUGAUCAGGGGAGACAGGGGGGAUUCGAUCAAGGAAGAGGAGGAGGAUUUGAUCAGGGCAGGCACGGAGGAGGAGGAGGAGGAGGAGGAGGCGCAGGAGCAUACGACCAGGGAAGACAGGGUGGAGGAGGAGGAGGGGGAUUUUCUCGACAAGAAGUCUACGAUCAACGAGGUCCGGGAGGAGGAGGAGGAGGAUUUGGGAGGCAAGAAGGCGGGUAUGAGCAAGGACGGGGAAGAGGAGGAGGAGGCGGAUAUGGUGGCCGUGGCGGAGAUGGGGGCCGAGGCCGAGGCGCACGAGGUCCUCCCAUGGGAGGCCGAGAUGGAGACUGGCUGUGUCCCAACCCGAGCUGUGGCAAUGUCAACUUUGCGAAGAGGACCGAGUGUAACAAAUGCAAAGGUCCAAAGCCAGCAAAUGCUGGGAGCGACUUUGGUGGUGGUGGCGGUGGUGGUGGAAGAGGCCGUGGCUAUGGCGGCGAUAACAACUAUAGAGGCGGUGGUGGUGGAAGAGGUGGUGGCGGCGGCGGUGGCGGGCAGCACCACCAUCCGGAAGAGCAGGGAAACGACGAAGUGAAAGUAAAGCAGUGCGAUGAGAACUGCGGGGAUAAGUGCGAGAACACUCGGAUUUACAUCUCGAACCUCCCGCUGGACGUCCAGAUCGAGGAGCUAAGAACGCUGUUUGGAGGCAUCGGCCAGGUCGCGAGGAUAAAGCAAAGGCGCGGCUACAAGGAUCAGUGGCCCUGGAACAUCAAGCUCUACACUGACGACGGUGGAAACAACAAGGGCGAUGGCGUUCUUUGCUACGAGGAUCCAUCCGCGGCCCAUGCCGCCGGUGGCUUCUUCAAUGGCUACAACCUCAGAGGGAACGAGAUCAAAGUCUCCAUGGCGGAAAAAUCCGCUCCGCGACCCGAGAGAAGCAGCGGUCGUGGUGGCGGCGGAGGAUAUAGAGGUGGCGGCGGCGGUGGCGGUGGCGGUGGCCCGGAUAGACGAGACGGUGGAGGAGGGCACAGAAGUCGACCGUAUUGAGAGAACACACAGGAGGAAGUUUUCUCUUCUUUUUUCAUAGUUCUUUGGUUUGGAUGGAUUUGCAUUCUACUUGUUUUUGUACGAUGCUCUCGGAUAUUCCCGGGGAUGGCAUAUGCUGGGCA